AUGAGCUAGUCAAGCAGAGGUUGACACGCAACGGUUUCAUGUGGUGGGCAAAGUGCGGUCGGCUCGGUCAAGUGCGUUUGCCCAAAAACUGGACAUGGCAGACAGGCCCGACGACGGCGCGGACGAGCUCGAGGCCGCGCUGAUGGACAUGGACCAGAACGAGGUCGCGUACCUCGGCGCGCCACUUGUGCACGUGACGCUCCGGACUCUGCGGCAGCGCGAAGAGACCAAGUUUGUGCUCCAGUACCGCGAGUCGCACGAGAUGCGGCAAGAUGUCAUUGCCGUCGUGCGCGACGCCGCCGACACGCGCCGCCGCGGCCGCCUCGGAGACCGCAGCAGCAACAUCUUUGGAGGUCUCUUUACGUCGCUGGCGCGCGUCGAGAAGAACCCGUACGCCCAGCACGCGGACGAGAUGUUCUUGGAGCUCAUAUCGGCACCGUCGACGCCGCCACGCCCGACGACACCGCCCCGCGCCCGAUGGUCCGAUGCCGUCCCCAAGACGACCAAGGUGCUCCAGCAUUUUCAGCAGCUCUUCCAGACGCUGCCAGGUCAGCGCGCCGCGAGUCUCUUGGUCAAGCCCGUCCAGCACUCGCUCUGCAGUGUGCUCUUUGAGUUUGCCGAGAUCUUCCACGCCUUGUACGGGACUGUGAGUUCACGCGACGACGCUGCGCACGCCGCACUUGACGUGCGCGAGUUUGGUAGCGUAUUGCUGCAAGUGCUGAGCUUCAAGUACCCGCCGCUCCAGCACGAUGCGGCGCUUUUGGAUGUCGCGACCGAGAGUGUCGAGGACGCGAUGUUCCUGCACUUGCAGCCAACUCUCCACAACGUCUUUGCACAGGUCUACCGCACGGACGACAGUGCGUGGAGUGCCAAGCUCGCGCACUUGAGAGCAGCGCCAAUCGACACAUACGACAUGCCGGAUCGGUUCCAAGCCCCUUUGUACGACGACGCGAUCGAGGUGCUGUCUGCGCUCGGGAAUGCGCGAACGCCAAGUGCCAAGGUUCGCUGCGUCGCGGCGACGUGCAGUAGCAUUGACCGCUGCAUCAAACACUAUUUUGCAUCCGACCCGAGCAUGGCAUUGGAUCAGCUCAACAUCUCGGCCGACGACUUGCCCUCGGUGCUGGCGUAUGUGGUGGCGCAGGCUGUCGCGACGCACGGCCAUCUCGCGUCGUACGUUGCCCUCAUGGACGCCUUCUUGCCUCCGCGACUAGAAGCUGGCGAAGAAGGCUAUAGCCUCGCCAUGCUCCACGCCGCCUUGACACACCUCGAGAGCAUCGAGGAUUGACUAUCUCUGGACAUCCCAAUGCGAUAGUUUAGCAAUGUAUUUGUGGCUCCUAGCGGUGAUACAUGGUCACGACGGAUUCGGAACCAAGAAAUUAGUCUACCUCGGGGAUGCGAGUCGCCCACCUCUGGGCACCACAAUAAUCCCUACUACCAGUAGACAAACAGGUUGCAUAUUGAACGAGUACGCCCACACUUAUGUAAAUCAAGAAGUGUUGAGAUA